AUGAAAACAAAAACGACAUCCUCCGUAACAAAAGUAAAAUCAAUACGAUCAUCAGCAUCAGCAUCAGUAGCAACAUCUACAUCUACAUCACCGAUCAAUCCGAUUUGGUAUAUUUUAAUUCUCAUAUAUUUAUUUGGUUGUUUCUUACUUUUUCUAUCAGCUAUAGGUAUACAACCACAUACUAUUACAUUACCUCAAUUCAAAUUUAGUAAUAUACCUUCUGCAUCAUUUAUCAUGUCUGCAACAGCACCAUUUAAAACAUUAUCUGCCAAAGCAGCUUUCCAAUUAGAUCAAGAAUUAAUGUCAACUGGAGAAUUCUCAAUUGAUCAAUUAAUGGAAUUGGCUGGAUUAGCUGUAGCUAAAACCAUUUAUAAAGAAUAUCCUCCUAAUGAGGCAACAACCACAACCAAAAACAAGUUUAAUCCGAAUAAAGUUCUUGUAUUGGUCGGACCAGGAAACAAUGGUGGUGAUGGAUUAGUUGCUGCUCGUCAUUUAAAACUUUGGAAUUAUGAUCCAAUAAUUUAUUAUCCCAAAAGACCAGCAUCGAAUCAAUUAUAUUCUCGAUUAAUUAAACAAUUACAAGAUUUAAAUGUUCCUGAAUUAACAACUUUAACUGAAGUCAAACAUUUAUUAGAUCUGAGAGAUUCAAAAAUUAAAAUCAUCAUUGAUUCAAUUUUUGGAUUUUCAUUUAAACCACCAAUUCGUGAACCAUUUAAAGAUUUAAUUAAUUAUCUUGGACAAAAUCAUGAUCAUUUACCACCGAUUGUUUCUGUUGAUAUUCCUUCUGGUUGGGAUGUUGAUGAAGGCCCAGGAACCGAAAUUGAUAUUCAAGCAUCUUGUUUAAUUAGUCUUACAGCUCCAAAACCAUGUGCUAAACUUUUUGUAAAUAGUGGUCCUGAUAAGAUUCAUUAUUUGGGUGGAAGAUUCAUUAAUCCUCGUAUAGCUAAAGAAUAUGGUAUUGAAGAUAUUGUCAAUAAAUACCAAGGUGAUGAAUUAAUUGUCAAAUUAUAA